UUCAAAACGCAAAUUUAAAAGGCACUGAUUCAAUUACACGCUAAUAUGAUAUUUACGUAAAGUAGUUCAAAGUAUCAUUCAGAACUAUUUCAAUGAUAGGAUCUUACGAGGUUCCAAAAGCUUCUGGUAUGUUCUCAAACAAUGUAGAAUGUUAAGCCGUAUUCUUGAAACAAGUCUUGAUACUCGGUUUUGUACCUGACAUUUUUGCCCUCAUGGUUUGCUACUGCUGUGACGCAUCUUUUGCUUCAACAUGCAACCAUCGGAAAACGUAGAAGAAGAAAAGCAGGAGCUUUCAGAGGUUGAUCUUGAAAAAAAGAUUCAAGAAGAGUACAAACUAUGGAAACAGAAUGUCCCUUUUCUCUACGACCUUGUAAUUACGGAAGCAUUAGAAUGGCCUUCUUUGACUGUAGAAUGGUUUCCUGGCAGUGAAAGAUCUUUGGCUGACAAUUCCUCGAUACAAAAAUUAUUAUUGGGCACACAAACUUCGGGAAAUGAUCAAAAUUAUCUUCAAGUUGCUUCUGUCCAAUUGCCCACAUUUGAUGAUGACUUGGAUGAUUUAACUCCCAGCAAAAUGAAGCCGGCCAACUUUAAAGGCGACUAUGGCUUGGAUAUUGUACAAAAAAUUCAUCACGAGGGUGAUGUAAACAAGGCUCGUUUUAUGCCUCAGAACCCGGAUAUUAUUGCUACCUUGGGCUUAAAUGGUAACGGCUACAUUUUCGACUUGAAUCUGUAUCGUGAACAGCCCAUUGUCCAAACAGGACACCAAGCAUGUCUUCGACAUCACACAAGCGAAGGUUUUGGUCUUGGUUGGAAUUUCAUUCAAGAAGGUACUCUUGCUACAGGCACCGAAGAUACAAGCAUUUGUGUAUGGGAUAUCAAAGGAAAGUCACUUAGCCUUGAAAAAUCCAUUGAUGUUGCACCAGUGAGUGUGUACCACCGUCACACCGCCGUUGUCAAUGAUUUACAGUUUCAUCUUCAACAUGAAGCCCUUCUUACUUCCGUUUCGGAUGACUGUACUUUGCAAAUCCACGAUACACGACUCCCAUCUUCUUCCAGCGCUUCUCAGUGUGUCAAGGCCCAUGAACAACCCGUUAAUGGAGUCGCAUUUAAUCCAUUUAAUGAUUACCUAUUGGCUACAGCAAGUGCAGAUCACACCGUAGCUCUUUGGGAUUUACGCCGACUGAACCAACGUCUUCACACUCUCGAGGGCCAUGAAGAUGAAGUAUAUAAUGUUCAAUGGUCUCCUCAUGAUGAGCCAAUUUUGGUGACAAGUUCAACUGAUCGAAGAGUUUGCGUAUGGGAUUUGUCAAAAAUUGGUGAGGAACAGACUGUUGAAGACAGUGAAGAUGGUGCCCCAGAGCUCAUGUUCAUGCACGGAGGCCAUACAAAUCGUGUUUCAGAUCUUUCCUGGAAUCCGAAUAAUAAAUGGGUUCUCGCAAGUUUAGCUGAUGAUAACAUUUUACAGAUCUGGAGCCCUUCAAAAGUAAUUUGGGCUUCAGAUAGUCUUAAAAUCGAUUCAAAGGAUUUAGAGUGAACAUGUCAAGAUACGCACGCAAAAGAUGAUUAGGCAUAAUGAAUUCAAAAUACCUCAAUAUACACAACAUAACAAGACGCCAUGCCGUAUGCAACAACCAAUUUCAAAAUCAAACUGUAUUAAGAAAAAUGAUCUAAAUUCAAAAAGUAUAAAACUCUGGUAACUAUGAAACGACAAUACACAAAACCUUUAUGAAAGCAGCUGAAUGAAAAAGAACGAAAUUAUUUCAGAGGUUCCUGAUUGCGGAGAAGGCGCUUGUAUAACUUCUUCGACACCUUGGCCGGUCUUCCAAGCAUUUUGUUAACAAAUACAGUUGCUUUUUUGAUUAAGAAGACAAAGAAGAUGUCUUGACCAAGUGCAGAAAGAACAUAGUACACAGCAGCUACCGCGAAGAUGAAUCGUUUAAACGAAAGUGAAGAGGGUGAAAUUUGAAGCAACUUAGUAAGGAUCUUUUGAUUAUCGCCUCCGAGGACCAACCAAGAAUUAAGUACAAUAAGCACCAAAAUAGUGAUAACGAAAGAAACAUUACGGAAGAGACGUUCUCUGUAGGGUGGACCAACUGUAAGGACGAUACCAAUAAAAACGUAUUGGAAACAUGUUACCAAGAACAAAGAUGUUACAUCGCUGUUAAAGAUACUUGAACCUUCCUCCAUAUGUUCGGGAGGAAUGUACCAAGGCUGCUGCCGAACAACGUGGACCACGACGAGCUGUGCAACAACCAACAAAAUGAUUUGCCCAAAAAGUGGUGCAAGAAUGCGUUUUGAAACAAGAUUUGCAGUAGGGCGCUUACGUGAAAGCCGGUGGUAAGGGCGAGACCGGCCCAUAAAGAUCGCCAUAGGAAGAAUAAUGAACAAGUCAAUAUAAAGGAAUUGAAAGUCACCCAA